AGGGGGAGGAGUCAUGUUUUUCCCGCCAUUGGCUCGCGCCUCACUCGGGCGGGGCUCGCGGUCUCCUUGGCAACGGGUGACGUCACCGCCCUGCGCCUCCAUUUGACGCAGAGCCUCGGCGGGAGACGGAGCCGCAUUAUUGUAACGCAAGGCUGACAGUGGCGGCGACAAGAUGGAGAAAAGCGAACUGGUACAGAAGGCCAAGCUGGCUGAGCAGGCCGAGCGUUACGACGACAUGUCAGCUGCCAUGAAGGCGGUGACGGAACAGGGCCACGAGCUCUCCAACGAGGAGCGCAACCUGCUGUCGGUCGCCUACAAGAACGUGGUGGGCGCGCGUCGCUCCGCUUGGCGCGUCAUCUCCUCCAUCGAGCAGAAGAGCGAUGCCAGCGACAAGAAGCAGCACAUGGCCAAGGAGUAUCGGCACAAGGUGGAGAAGGAGUUGUGCGACAUCUGCAACGACGUGCUGGCUCUGCUGGACAAGCACCUGAUCGUCAGUGCGACCAGUGCAGAGAGCAAGGUGUUCUACCAGAAGAUGAAGGGCGACUAUUACAGAUACCUGGCUGAGGUUGCAGUCGGAAUAGACAAAGCCAGUGCCAUGGAGCGGUCACAGGCCGCCUACCUGAGCGCGUUUGAUGUCAGCAAGGCAGAGAUGUCACCCACUCACCCAAUCCGCCUGGGCCUGGCACUCAACUUCUCCGUCUUCUACUACGAAAUCCUGAACUCGCCCGAAAAGGCGUGCAACCUCGCCAAAACUGCAUUCGACGAAGCCAUCGCUGAACUGGAUACUUUAAAUGAAGACUCGUACAAGGACAGCACGUUAAUCAUGCAGCUGCUGAGGGAUAACUUGACGCUCUGGGCCUCAGACGCGCAGAGUGAAGAUGCAGAUGUGGAUGGAGCCGAGAACUGAAGCGGGGCACGAAGAGGGGUACGCGAGCGAGCGACAAACGUAACACCAACAAAACCUCUCUCCCCGGCUUGACAGAAUCAAAUACAUCGCAGAGCUGUCAUGUGCGAUCGGCUCAUUGUACCAUCAUCACCACCACCUCCACCACCCAUCGCGGCUACAACACGAUUAAAAUUCUUAAACACGAGCAACCGGCCACAAUUGGGUGGACUGAGCACCAAUCUGUUUUGCUUCACAAAAGCAUUUUCUUGGCCUCUCCUCAUUGCCUUUCUAAAUUAUCUCUGCUCGGCAGCUUAAGUUUUUUAUUUGCAAGUGGAAAAAGUCUGUGAGAGGGAGCACUUGUGCAAGGCACACGCAUGAACACUCCAGUCUACAUAGCACCCACCAACAUAUCUCAAUCUCAAACAAACUCUGGUUUGUACUGCUCCUGUAUGCUCAUUGGUGGUCUUACCAUAGUUUAUUCAUAAUUGGUAAGAAGGUUAAAUAUACGUCAAGUGUAUAUUUAUCAACUCCUUGCAUUGACAGGUGUUUCUGCAUCCGUUCCUCUGUCGCAGGGACAAUUUGAAUGGCAAAAAAUGUUGACGUCAACCGUUCCAAAAUUCAAUCUUUUAGUGCUUUGAAUGUUUGAGAAAGUUUAAAAAAAAAAUAUUGAAAUUAUUAAUGAUUGUAAAGUGUACCCCUGUUACUCGGGCAUGACAAGUAGUUACUGAAAAACGUUAUCCUAAGCUAUUGUGCGUAACUGCGUUGCAAAUGCAUUUUAACAUCUGUGAUGAGGCAAAUAUUGCAGCCUUCACGCGAAUAGCCUAAAUUUAAAUCCUAGCGACGUUAACUAAAACAAUGGCAAUUGUACAUUUAACCAUCUCAGGUUGGUUCAGGGCAAGUCGCACUCGUUUUUUUUAUAAAUGUGACCAGGGCACUUAGAUGAUAUGCUGUCCGAGGCCGUUCUAUCGCAGGUGCUUGUUUAAAAAUAGUUGCUCGUGAUUAAGAGGCCAAUGACCAUAACUGGGGCGGUGUGGCUAAGUGGAUGCUCCGUCAUUUGAGACGCAACGCGUCCCACCUGCCUUUGUGCGUGCGUGCUCCACGCGUGUUCGUGCACACAUGCAGCUGCUCCUCGUAACCAUAUGCACUGCACGCGCACAUCCAUGACUCCGUGUAACUAAAGCACGUUGUUUACAGUCCUGUGCACACGUACGUAUACGUACCAUAUACAUACUCGCACGCACGUUUAAACAUGGUAUCAUCCACGCACAUCACAUGCACGCACAUCUUCUUGCAACAGGACACUAACACGCUUGGGCACCCAUUUACAGAAAGGGCACAGCGAACGCAUGACAUCCACACUGGUGCGUGUUACCGCUACCACAGCCCACCACGUAUUGCGCUAGUGUAUGCACACGACCCUUAAAACAUGUCGUGCCACACACCACACACACCUCAGCUUGAACUACAGCACACCAAAUACCCCCACUUGCUGUGACAUGUCAAUUGUGAGGUGAAAUUGUCAGUGUGCAUACAUUCCAUUUUACUGCAUGCACUCACAUUAUGUGGAAGUGUAAUUGUGAUGACCUGUUCAAAAGUUGUUGGGUUUGUUAUUUUUUCUUCUCAUUUUUUACCCACUUUCAGUUAUGUUUACCUGGUAUAAAAUAAAUACAUACCAAUAGUGACAUCAAAAUAUAUAAAGAAUAUUGUAGGGUAUUGAGACGUCACUUUUAAUUAUAAUCGGCCUUUGUUAAUCGUUUAAGUAUGAUAAGAUGCCGCAAAAUGCCUUUGUUUUUCUGCAAGUGCAGAAUUAACCUAAUAACAGUUGUGAAAACAAACCGUAAGUGAAAGUGGGCAGCAUAGCCUCUGAUGGAAUGUUUGCAAAUGGAACUGUGGUGAAACAUUUGCAUCCAACGUUAAGUCCACAAAUGGUAUAUUCCAGUAAAACAUGAAUGGCAAAAUAUAAAAUUUUUACUCCAUUCUACAUAUGGCAAAUAGUCCAAUGGUAGCAUUAUUAGUCCAUUUAAUAUAAUUCUAUGUUGACAAAUACUUACUUUAGGUACUCUGCUUUAAGGCAUCAUACUGUAUACCAAUAGUUAUAAUUUUGGCAUAUUGUGAUAUUCUUUAGUUCAAACAUACUAGUGCUUUUAAUUACACUUGCCGUAUAGAUACAUGUUUGACAGUCGAGUGCAGUGGUAAGCAGCCUGCGGCCUACAGGCUGCAUGUGGCCCAUGGUGCCCCUUAUGGUGGCCUGUUUUCAGGGUAUCUAGGCUUAUGCGUGGUGGUCAUGUGGCCCACUGACCAUCGCUAGUUUAUAGUAUACUGGAAAACAAUAUAAGCACUAUAUUACAUAUUGGUGUUUAUGAAGCCAUGUUUCCAAAAAGUGAUAAUUGUAGAGAACAAGCUGCUGUAGUACUUGGUCCAUUUGUCGCCUAAACGUUGCCCAAAUACUUCACCACAGUAGUAUGUGUUGCACCGUCUGUGACAGAUUUCCUGCUGAAAUAAAUACAAUCUGAAAUCCGAUUUUGAAGUAUCCACGUCUACAAUAAAAGUUUGUUUUGCCUGG